CUACCGACACAGCAGUGCAGUACGACUCUUCUCUUAGUUCCGUCAGAGGCUUGAUCCAGCGUUAAAAUCAGACUGGCGAGAUUAUAAUUCACUCCCUUCACGCUACCCCCAGCCCAGCUGUCCUGGUUUUGCUUAUAGCCCUACGACACGGUAACCGUUCUGGCUUUCUUCAUUCAAGGACAGGCAGAGGAGUGGAAGAGUCCGGGCGAGAGGUGCUGAAGCAAAGCCGGCUUGUGAACUGGAAUCGCCAGGUCAUACUGAACUUGGCUCAGAACAGUGAGAUCACCGUAGUUUCCCAACCAACAAAAUAAAAGACACCAUGAAGACCUCAGACUUUUUCCUUAUGCAUGCUGUGCUCCUCAUGUUACUCUUCCACUGCUGUCAUGCACAGAGUGAAUCCGACCUCAUAGUAGGAACACGGCUGGGCCGUGUGCAAGGUGUACGCUUGCCUGUUCCAGACCGGAGUCAUGUGAUCGCUUUCUUGGGGAUCCCAUACGCUGAACCUCCUAUUGGGAAGAGACGUUUCAAGAAAGCAGAGCCCAAAAAACCCUGGAAUGGAAUCUUCGAGGCUAGAGACUACCCAAAUGCCUGCUAUCAGUUUAUAGACACCUCUUACCCAGGCUUUCCAGGUAGCGAGAUGUGGAACCCCAACCGAAUGAUGAGCGAGGACUGUCUUUACCUUAAUGUGUGGGUACCUCCUACCCCUAGGCCGCAGAACCUUGCAGUAAUGGUCUGGAUAUAUGGUGGCGGCUUCUAUAGUGGCUCCUCCUCUCUAGAUGUCUAUGACGGACGGUACUUGGCUUACUCCGAAAAGGUAGUGGUUGUGUCUAUGAACUAUCGUGUUGGAGCUUUUGGAUUCCUUGCCCUCAAUGGCUCAUCAGAAGCACCAGGAAAUGUGGGUCUCCUUGACCAGAGGUUGGCCCUCCAGUGGGUCCAAGAAAACAUCCACUUCUUCGGCGGGAACCCAAAACAGGUCACCAUUUUUGGAGAAAGUGCUGGGGGAGCAUCAGUUGGCAUGCAUGUUCUGUCACCAGACAGCCGCCCAUUUUUCACUCGUGCCAUAAUGCAGAGCGGUGUUCCUAAUACCCCCUGGGCGACUGUUAGCUUUAAUGAGGCCCGUCGGAGGGCCACCUUGUUGAGCAAACUUGUUGGCUGCAGCGAAGGUAACGAUACGGAGUUGGUUGACUGCCUGAGGAACAAACAUCCACAGGAACUAAUUGAUCAGGAGUGGCAAGUGCUCCCCUAUAGCAGCCUGUUCCGCUUUUCCUUUGUGCCUGUCAUAGAUGGUGUUUUCCUUCCUGACACCCCAGAAGCCAUGAUUAACUCUGGUAACUUCAAAUACACUCAGAUCUUGUUGGGUGUAAAUCAGGAUGAGGGAUCUUAUUUCGUUCUGUAUGGUGCACCAGGAUUCAGUAAAGACAAUGAGAGUUUGAUAUCUCGAGAAGACUUUCUUGAAGGUGUGAAGAUGGGUGUUCCUCAUGCUAAUGAGAUUGGCUUGGAGGCAGUUAUACUUCAGUACACUGACUGGAUGGAUGAGAACAACCCCCAAAAGAAUCGAGAUGCAAUGGACGAUAUUGUAGGAGAUCAAAAUGUAAUCUGUCCUCUACAGCACUUUGCAAAAUCAUAUGCUCAGCACUCUAGCCCCCAUAAUGCAGCUCCAGGGACACUAGGCUUGGGAAACUCAGGACCAACAAGUUACAAUGAUGACAAUGCACAUGGUGCUGUGUACCUUUACCUGUUUGACCAUCGAGCCUCGAACUUGGCCUGGCCUGAGUGGAUGGGGGUAAUCCAUGGUUAUGAGAUUGAGUUUGUGUUUGGCCUGCCAUUAGAAAAACGACUCAAUUACACAGCAGAAGAAGAGAAACUCAGUCGACGAAUUAUGAGAUACUGGGCUAAUUUUGCCCGCACCGGUAAUCCCAACAUUAACACUGAUGGCAACAUGGACAGUCGGAAACGGUGGCCUCAGUAUACUGCUACUGACCAAAAGUUUGUGGGCUUGAAUACAGAGCAACUGAAGGUGCACAAGGGUCUAAGAACACAGGUUUGUGCUCUGUGGAACCGCUUCCUGCCUCGUCUGCUUAACAUCACAGACAACAUUGAUGAUGUUGAGCGACAGUGGAAAGUGGAAUUCCAUCGCUGGAGCUCUUACAUGAUGCACUGGAAGAGCCAGUUCGACCAUUACAGCAAGCAGGAGCGCUGCACAGACCUCUAGAUAAAUCUGACAUAAACUGAUGACCAUAACCCUUAAUAGUCUCUUUUCAGAAGGGCAAAGGUUGCCAAAGCUUUUUCGCUGAUAGCCAUCUCAGAGUAGGAAUGAGAAUUAAUUUGUGAACGUUGCACUUUUUUUCCUCCCUGUGUAGGAUAUUAUGUGACAAUAUACAAGUGGUAUCUUCCAAUAUAUAAGGAGCAUAGGUGAAUUCAGGCUGCUAUUAGAGAUUAUAAAGUGCUACGGUCAUCAAAUGUAUGUAUCGGGGGGAAAAAAUGUUAUAGUUAUAUUACCUCUAAAUAGUGAACGUGCAUGUCUGUUCCACUGGAACCUAGAAACCCUCAUUUACACUGGUCCUCAGGAUCUCACUUUUUUGUUAUAAUCAUUAUUUUUUAGUUUUUUUAUCUUGUUCCCUUAUAGGCUUAAAUUUAUAAAGGCUGCUUCACAGUACAUUUAUCUCGACGCUGUACCUAACAAAUCUAGUCAGUAUUUCAUGUGUUAGUUUAUCCCAUUUAACAUGUGAACUUGUCUGCUGUCUAUGCUUUCUGACUGUGGUCCAACUCAAUAUACUAAUACUUAAUGCAAGAAUCAGGAGCCAUUUAAUUUCAUGUAUGUUUUCUACUUGUACUGAAUUGUUUCUGUGUGGGCAAGUCUGUGUGUGUUAAUGUACUAAUAUUUAAAUCCUAUUUAAAAUUUUGAUUGCUACUUACAUUGCAUGCAUUCUAAUGCCCACAGCAUGACUCUUCUUAUGUGUAUGUAUGAGAGAGAGAAAGUCUGUGUUCACCAUAUACAAACUACAAAGGUCGAUAUACGUGUUUAUGUGUGGAAUACUGCUAGUGAAUUCACCUCUUCUUAGUUCAAAUUUCAUAAGGGCAUUGUAUAUUUGAGUGUUUUGACUUAGAGGAAGAGAGCUUCAUAACACUAAUGUUGUCUGUGUGCCAAAGGGUCAAUAUCAUUUGUCCCCCUUUGCUGUCUCCCUCUCUCGAUGGGAAAGGCUUCUCAUUACGAUAAUGGAGGGAGAGUAAUUUACUUAGUGCUCAUUUGACAUGACAGCCCGCUUUGUCAGCCAUCUUAACUCCAGCCCUACCUUCAUCCUUUUGAUGCAGUGGGAGGAGGAUGAAAGAAAACACAGGCAAAGGAAACCUUUGAGGACAAACAAGAAUACAGGGUUAUAAAGCCACUCCUAUCAUGUUAUAUAUGUAUUGUAAUAUUAUAAGUUAUAUUAUAUUAUAAUAUAAGUAAAUUAUUUGCAUGAUUGCAUCACGUAUCAAAAUAACUUAUGUGGAGUGUUUUUAGUUAGCUUGAAAAAAAAAGAGCAAAUAUUUUAUUUUUGUGGAUUUAUUAAGAGUGUGGAAUUGCAUAAAUAUAUUUGCAUUUUGCCUGUGAAUCUGGAUCAAACAUUAUUUUGUAUUGUACUGUGUGAAUAUAUCAUUUUUAAUCAUUCUCUCAUUUACAUUCUCCCAAUGUGCAUAUUCAUGUUUAUUAUUAACAUGCUAGUCUAUGCCUAA